AUCCAUUUCGAAAUAUAUCUUAAAACGUUAUCGUUCCAUACAAUUGCCUUGUUUGACAAACCUAUUUGUCAAACUUUGUACACACAUAACCGUAAAAUAACAAACUCAUAAGACUGCCCGAACAAAGGUCAUUCACAUGAACUAUACUACUCUAUAUUGCAAAGAUGCUAUAUACUUUGUUUCACCUGGGUUAAGUGUCGAGUGACUAUAGGCUUGCCGGUUUAUUCAGGAAAUUAUGAAGGAUUAACGAGCUUCAUUAAUUACAUGUCACGUGGAGAUUAUAGCAACGGUACAGUAGCAUUCUUUAUCAUUUGGGUGUAUCCAAAAGACGACUCGUCACCCGUCGAUCAUGGCAUCGAAUCGGACGUUGAUGCUGGUCAUUGGAUUGGUGUUGGGUGCAGGAGGUCUUAUUGCGGCGAUCCUGUGUGGGGUGCUCAUUGACACCUCGGAAGGACCGGUGUUUACCCCCGUCACCGAUGGUCAUGUGGAGAUCAGACACGGGGACGACGUCGUACUCGUCGGGCAGGUUGGGGUAACGCUAGACGGUUCCGGUGACGAGUGCACGAGCGAAGGGGAGAAUGUAAUUCAGUGUUUCGAGUGGGAGAAUAAAGCAAGGUUAGAGAUCCGACAAGAAACACCAGAUGACAUUAUAUGUAACCGCGUGAGUUGGCAAGCCAUGACGCCCGACGUCGUCCUCCAAGACUGCUACGAGCUCGGCGAUGCCCAUUGGUUCGGUAGCGCCAAUAGGUUCUUCCAACACUGGCCCAUCAACGAAUGGAACGAAUCUAUGACCAUGUAUGUCUCCGGUGAUAUGUACGCCAAUUAUAAUGACUAUGGUUCGGUGCUCGAGAGGUACUGGCUGUCGUCAAAGGGAGUGGCCAUUCGGGCAUCGCAUAAUUCGCCGCUUCACGUGAGCUUGAACUACGACGAUGACGGCUUGGUGUGUUUCAAAGGAGAAUUCAAAAACUCUUACUACCCAAGUACGGAAGAUUCUCCGAAGCCGUUUCUGGAUUACACGAUCUGCGCUGGUGAGAACACCAGGGUUAUUCAUGACUACAUGACGCAAAGGUACGUGAAGAAACCAUCAGGUUUACCUGACAUCCGAAUGAUGCGUUCGCCAAUUUGGUCAACAUGGGCAAGGUACAAGACAACUGUCAACCAGUCGCUCGUCUUAGGUUUCGCAGACGAAAUCAUCUCCAAUGGAUUCAACAACAGCCAGAUAGAAAUCGAUGACGGGUAUGCUGGAAGAAAUUACGGGGAUUUUUUCUUCGACGAAGACCAGUUUCCCGAUCCCGUCCAGAUGAUCACGGACCUCCAUGACAAGAACUUCAGAGUCACGCUCUGGGUUACACCUUUUGCGAAUUCCAACACGGACGCAUACACCGAAGGUGACGAGAAUGGGUUCUGGGUGAAAAACGAAGAUGGGUCUACGGCUUUGAUCAGAUGGUGGGCAGGAAUUCAAGCUGGAAUGCUUGAUGUCACGAAUCCCGAAGCGGUCACCUGGUUUGUCAACAGGCUUGAGGAAGUCCGUUCCGUCUAUGGUAUCGACUCAUUUAAGUUUGAUGCUGGUGAAACAAACUAUUUAGGGUACCACAAGACAAUGGUCCCAAUCGUCAAUCCAUGUGAGUACACCACGGAAUGGGUAAAGCUUGCGGCUCAACUGGGAAGACAGAUUGAAGUGCGAGUAGGCUUUGAGACACAAGACCAACCGAUCUUUGUUAGAAUGAUGGACAAAGAUUCCCAGUGGGGUUGGAACAAUGGUCUAAAAACUCUCAUAACAUCUGCCUUGUCCUUCAGUGUUUUAGGAUAUCCAUACGUCUUGGCCGAUAUGAUAGGAGGUAAUGUAUAUGAGGGGGGCUUUCGGGAGACCUAUCUACCUGACAAAGAACUUUUCAUCCGAUGGCUACAGAUCACAGCAUUCAUGCCGUCCAUGCAGUAUUCAAUAUCACCAUGGCAAUACGAGGAUGACCCGGAAGUGGUCGAGAUAUCUCGCAGAUGGACAAGUUUCCACGAGAACGUCAUUACACCGAUACUAGUUGAUUUGGCAGAAACGGAAGCUAUUCCUGAAGGAAAACCUAUGAUCCGACCUCUUUGGUGGAUCGCCCCGACCGAUGAAAACGCCCUCCUCAGCGAUGAUCAGUUCCUAGUAGGUGACGACAUGUUGGUCGCACCGAUUGUCGAAAAUGGUACUCUUUCUCGCGAUGUCUACCUACCAGGAGGUAGAUGGCGAGACGAGCUUCAUGGAACUGAACAUGAUGGUGGGGAAUGGCUAAGAAACGUAGGAGUACCUCUAUCGGAAGCCCUCUAUUACACAAGAUUGUAGCCUUGGUACCAUAGCUCGUAAGAGAGAUAUUGCAGUAAUAUUUUUUUAAUGAUCAGCUCAUGCAUUCAUAAACGUAAACAUGGCUGUAUUCAAAAAUAUAUUCUAUCAUGUGGCACACACAAAAUAAAUAAUAAGACAUUCUGGAUCAGUAUCAUAGUGUCAAGAACUGAUAUUGUUCUUAAGAAAAGGUGAACUAUCAUUUAAGUUCACCAUCCUAUACAAGAAUGUUGAAGUUCUUAUAUUCAAUGGUAAAUUAUUCAAAAGCGUAGUGUCGCCGCUGAGAAAUUCUUUGCACCGUCGUUGUCGAAACGUUUUUUGGGGGUUUUAAGGUAUAUGAUAGUCGCAUGCUAUGAGCUGAUGUGUGAGAAAGAUCUUGUAAAUAUUUUCGCGCCAGCCAGUUUGAAGCACAGAUGUUGAAAUAUGCAGAUUUUGAUUAACAUUAUAACAUGUAUAAUGUUAGAUUACUAUAUCAUAUAACUCUGAUUAGUUAUCAUGAAAACUAUACGCAAAUUUAAUAUUAGUAAUAAAACAACAAGAUCACAUUUGAUUGAGCAAAUUUUAACAUCAAUGUAUUUAUCAAUUAAUUCGUGUAUACUGUAAGUAAUGUAAAGAUCUGUAAUAUUUUGAGUCAAUCAUUAAAGGAUUAAACUUUGAAAUCGUCAUUUAGUAAACUGUUGAGGGGAUUUGCGCUUAUUCCUGUUGUAUUCAUCGCAGAAUGUUUUUUGUGAAUUUAAUUUAGAUUUUAGAUUUAACAUGAACAUGGCAAUAUUGACAGGCAUAUAAUGAUUAAUUACAUCUUUGGAUGGCACAUAUUUCAUCUGCAUUGGGAAUAACGUAGACAGAGGAGGAAAAUUCAGUCAUGGCCAUAUUCAUCCAAAAUAACUUUUCUCUCUGAUAUUAACAAGGGAAUAAGAGAUUAUAGAGUUGAAUAGGCGUGCAUCCCAAACUAUUUGAAAAGGUGUUGGUCAAAGUAACCAAUUUGAGGGUGAAUAGGGGUCCAACCGAUAAAUAUUCUGGUAUAUCCUUAACCAUUCAUAACAACUAUUCUUUAAAAAUCAUUAACAAGUUACUUAACGUUUUAAACAAGUUGUUAAAAAACAAACGAAAGGUUUUGACCAUUUUAGUCGGUCGGACACGCAACACAUUGGCUAUUUUGACCGAUAAUAUUUGAGAGUGCAUACGUUUCAUACAUUUUAUUAAAACAAAACACCCUCCAGAAAAGUAGCACAUCUCUUUAUUGUCACUAAGUUGUCUAAUGACAUUUAAAUACAAAGAAAAUUUAAAAUCUUCACGAUACCUGUUCAAGAUCUUUCUUUCCCGUCUGGUUUCACUGUAUCUGACAUAGCACCAAAUGUGUUAUUAACCCGUAUGUGUUGUAAUCGGAUGCCUGGUGACGCGACAUUUCGCCAUUUGCUCCGGUCUCAAUAUCUUAGAAGGGGUUAGAGAUAGGAUUGCAAUAGAGUUUUAUUGGUUCAGAAUAAUGUCAAGAUGUGGAUUAAGGUAUAGAGUUUUGGAGGUUGGGUUUGGCUAGUUAACUUGCAGAUUUUCCAUCGGAGCAAUUGUCACUGGAGCAAAUUAGUACCGGUUUUCAGCUAUGAUGGUUUUAUGUAUCGUUCCAACGCUAUCUAAAAGUUUAAGCACGUUGUUCAACCUCGUUUCUCACAACUAUUGUUUAUAAGUUUUAAACCCGUUGAUUAAAGCUUGAAAAUAAGUUGUUUAAAAAAAUGGUUUAACUUGUUGUCAGAGUAACAGACUUGCUAUUUUAAGCAACGUUUUUACAGUAUCCGUAAAUCUAAAGAUGAGAAAUAGAUCAGUGAGUAGUGCGGUGGUCUAACUGUUGUGAAAGUUGAUUGAAAAAUAUAUGAUUUCUCAUUUGAUAUUGAUGUGAAAUAUUGCAGAAACAUUAUUUUAUAUAUUUCAUAUUUCCAUGAUGAUAUAACAUUUAUCACUGGUUAUGUUUUAUAAAAACCUUUGGUCAUGUAUAUAGCACAGUGCAUAUAUGUCAUUAUCAAUAUUGCUUGUGCUAGGCAUUUAUUGACAUAGCGCCAGCUAGUGUUCUCUCUAGGACAGUGUUUUCCAUUGCACCAAUCACUGUAUGUAAACAUGGAAGAACUGACAGGUUUGAGGUGACACAAUCAUCCAAGUUCCAGUGAAUUCUGGAAACCUGGUUAUUGAUUUGAUACAAUAAGGAGGCAAAGAGGUUAGUGUCUCAUAGGAAGUCUUUAUUUUAUGAAAUGAUAAAUGUUAAAGAUGAAAAUAAGUUGAAUUAUUUUAGGUUCUAAAUCCAGCUACUGUGCAUGUAGAUUACAUAACAAUUAUACAUUCACAUGUGUGUUAUAAGAUUGUGUAAGCAAGAAAUAAGAUCAAGUCUAUAGCUUAUACAUUAGAUCCUCACAUUUGAAGAUGACAUAGUGAUGAAUAGGAGAUUCAUGUAUGUUCACUGAAUUUGAUAUUAGUUUACUGAAAAUAAGAUAAUUCAGGAUUUGUUUUGUGGAAUUAAUGACCAGAAAGGUUACACUAUAUGUAGGUCAGCAGAAAGUCAAGAUAUGGUAGCUUCAUAUUUAAAACACAAAGAUACACCUGAAGUUAUUGAUAGUAUAGUGGUAACUCUAAUUGUUGUGUAAAUCAAUGUGUCAAUAUACACAUUUUAUUAUCAGAUUAUAAGCACAUUUCACAAUAAUUGUUUAGUUUGUUGCUUGAAGAAAGAGUGAAUUAUCAGAUGAUCACACAUAAGUGUAUACAAUGUAUUUAUGAUGCCUUUUUGUAUGUUUCAUUGAUACAGUUUUCACGGAGCUUUUGGAGCUAUAUCAAAGUUUGAAGAUGAUUAAUCGAAAUGAGAUGAGUCAAGAAUAAAGUCUCGAAGCUCCCGUAGAA